AUGGUUCCUCAGUCUACCACCCGACUAUUGCAUCGCUGGAUUGUUCGUGCACGGACUACCAAUGGACGACGCUUUCACGACUAUGUUCGCGCCCAGACAUCAAACGGUCUCAUCCGAAUUCCUUUAUCCUCACCCAGGGUCAUAGGCGUUGUAAAUGACAGAGGCGACCGUAGCCAGCAGGAAGACUACUAUGCUUAUGCUACCCUGUCUCUAGACCCUGUGGAACUACAGCUGAGCCACAAGCGGACCUUUGGACUCGACUGGCAGCCACAGUUGGUAAACGAACAACUUGCUGGACAAGUCGUAUUCGUUGGAAUCUACGACGGUCAUGGAGGGUCUGCUGUCUCGCAGUAUCUUCGACAAGAACUACACGGCCUAUUUGAAUCAGCGAAGAAAGAGAGCAUACCGGACGUCUACGACUGGAUUAAGAGCCUCGGCGGAUACUUCAAACGGUUUAAGGGAGGGAACCUAACACCUUGGAUCAACGAGCCGCCUAGCGACGCACCUCUUGACCUAGAAACCAGGGCAACUUUGACGUUCUUCGAGGUGGACAAGAACCUGUCUGUUGACCCUGUAUCGCAAACAUGUGGCGCUACGGCUUCUGUUGCACUCUUGCAUUCACUGGACGCACCUGCUACCCCUUUUUUCGCUGCCCAGAAGUUGGCGCUUACUGUAGCUCAUUGUGGAGAUACUCGGGUAAUGCUUUGUCCUGUGAAAGGAGGGAAAGCGUUUCCUAUGACAGAUAACCACCAUGCAGAUUCAAGGACCGAAAGUAGUCGUUUGAGAAGGAUGAUGGGUUCUUCGCUGAUCACAGAUUCUUUCGGUGAAUCAAGAUGGAUGGGAGCCCUUGUGAACACUCGAUGCCUCGGUGAUCUGCGCUACAAAAGAUUCGGUGUUACUCCUGAACCGGAGAUCCGAACGAAAUUGGUGGAUGGUUCAGAGUGGGCCUAUAUGGUCCUUGUUUCAGACGGAGUCUCGUCUAUGCUCUCCGACGAUGAAAUUAUCGAUUUGGCCAGACAUGCUCCAGACCCCCGAAUAGCGGCACAACGGAUAGUCUCCUUUGCCCAGGAACUUGGGGGCGACGACAACACGACUGCCAUUGUCGUCCCCUUGGCCGGCUGGGGGAAGAUUGAAGGGCCGGACAACACCAAGGAACUCAGGGAAUACAGGCGACUGCAAGCUAUCGGGACAGAACGGCAGCGACGGAUGUAG